GUGGGUCGGCCGUGACGUCACUGCCGGCCGGACGCCAUCUUGAUGGUUUGCGGCCGGUCUUGGAUGUGGCAGCCCGGGCGGUGGUGAGGGCGUGGGCAAGGGUGGGGUGAGGGGGCGAGGCCGCAACGAGGGCGGCGAAACUCUCCUCCCCUCGGCCCCACCGCGUGGGACGGCGUGGACGUGCUGUCGGAGGGAUGUCCGUCUUCUCCGAGGCGGCGCUGGAGAAGAAGCUGUCGGAGUUGAGCAACUCGCAGCAGAGCGUGCAGACCUUGUCCCUGUGGCUCAUCCACCACCGCAAGCACUCGCGGCCCAUCGUCACCGUGUGGGAGCGGGAGCUGCGGAAAGCCAAACCAAACAGGAAGCUUACUUUUCUUUACCUAGCCAAUGAUGUCAUUCAGAACAGCAAAAGGAAGGGGCCGGAGUUUACAAAAGAUUUUGCACCAGUUAUAGUGGAGGCUUUUAAGCAUGUUUCAAGUGAAACUGAUGAAAGUUGUAAGAAGCACCUUGGAAGAGUGUUGUCUAUUUGGGAAGAAAGGUCUGUUUAUGAAAAUGAUGUAUUAGAACAACUUAAGCUAGCUCUGUAUGGCGAUAAGAAGCCUAGGAAGCGAACUUAUGAACAGAUAAAGGUGGAUGAAAAUGAAAACUGUUCUUCUCUGGGAUCUCCAAGUGAACCACCACAGACUCUAGAUCUGGUUAGAGCAUUACAAGAUCUAGAAAAUGCAGCUUCAGGUGAUGCAGCAGUUCAUCAGAGGAUAGCUUCUUUACCUGUUGAAGUCCAAGAAGUAUCUCUACUAGAUAAAAUAACAGAUAAAGAAUCUGGAGAAAGGCUUUCUAAAAUGGUAGAGGAUGCUUGUAUGUUGUUGGCAGAUUACAAUGGCAGACUUGCGGCAGAAAUAGAUGACAGGAAGCAGCUCACUCGAAUGUUAGCAGAUUUUCUUCGAUGUCAAAAGGAAGCCCUUGCAGAGAAAGAGCAUAAAUUGGAAGAAUACAAGCGCAAGUUAGCCAGAGUUUCCCUGGUGCGCAAAGAACUCAGGUCCCGGAUCCAGAGCCUGCCAGACUUAUCUCGAUUGCCCAAUGUCACUGGCAGCCACAUGCACCUGCCCUUUGCGGGGGACAUCUACAGUGAAGAUUGAUGACCAGUCUUUUUCCAAGUCCCAGGACUUUGCAAGAAAUGGAGACAGGUUAGGUGGAUAGUCCUGUAGCAUUAUUUUUGUAUAUUAUUGGGAGAGUAAAACUUAAGAAACAAGUAAUUUAUAAAAUUGUUUAAAAUGUUGGUUUGUUUACUAUUUUAUUGAUAAGUUAACAUGACUUAGCUUAAACAAAGUGAUGAUCUCUGUGUAAUAAUAAGCUCACAAAUAGUGAUUAUUUUCAAAAGAUCUUUUUGUAAAUUUUUUUGAUCCAGGGCCUUGUGAGAAAUUCCAUGUUUCCAUUUCUUCAUGUAUUUUCAGUUGUUUUUAUUUUCUUUGGUAACUAAUCAUUGUAUACUAUGUAAUUCCUAUAGGGGAAUAACUAAUCAGGAGUUGGUUGAGACUUUAUUAUGGUAUAGUUAGGACUUGAUUAUAAAAGGGACUAAAUGUUCCAACAUAAUUUUCACCCUUCUUUCCAAACAAAAUAUCGAUUCUGUGCCUCUCCAUGCCUUUGAUUCCUUAUUCCCUAAAGGUCAGUAAUUUAAUUUAACACCAAACAUGGAUGUCAGUUUGAGGGUCAGAUCAAAGCCUAGAGAACUUUUCUCCAAUAGCACUGUAGGGAUUCCAUUCCAGCUGCCAGUAUAGAAUAAAAAGAAUGUUAAAUUCAUUAAACUGUUUAGAAGUUUUUGAGUAGAUUAAUAUGGAAAUGCUAGGGAAAUGUUAUAAAUUUUGACAUUCUACCAAGAGGACAACCUUGGUUCUGGAACUGAUUUCUAUUUGUCAACAUAGUUGAUCCUUUUAACAAAAAGUCAUCUAUGGGAUGAAAAGACACAUGAAAUAAUGAUACUUUUAUUAUUUCCUUAGCUAUAUAACUUUAAAAACAAUAGUAGUUUUAGCUCUGGUAGCUCAAGAACACAAUAUUCAUUAAUGUUCAGUAAAGUAGCUUGGAACAUUUUAAAUGUUUCCUUAAGGUUUUUGAAUGACUGCAUAUUUGGCAAUUAAGCAGUGCUACAUACACUACAGGGUAGAUAUGGUAAAUUUUAUAUUUGUAUAUUUAUAGUUACCAAAACAAAUGUACUUUUACCUUUUAUUUCUAACCCUGUGUGUUAGAGCAGUUGCAUGCUCUCUUGCUUUCUUUUUAAAUCACAUUGUUAAGCUGUGGAUUUGUAUUCACUAAUGACUUAAGAUAAACAUUUUUUUCAUUCAUUGCUUUACAUAUUAGACAUUUUUCUUGUUGUAAGCAGAUUCAAAUUAGAUAGUCAAUAAAACAUCUUUUAAGUCCCACAAGCCAAUUAUGUCUCACUAUUCUGAAUGGCUUCACUCUUGUUUCUUUCUCAAUAUUAGAGAUUAUAGUUAAAAUGAAUUAAAUGUGGAAGAAGGCAAACAUUUAUUUUUAAUAGCCAAUAGUUCUGGAAACAGUGCUUUUGAAUAGUUGAAUAGGUGAACCUCUCUCUGAAAUAGAGACACAUAUAAAGUAGUCCCUAUCCAUAUAUGGCUUAUAUUCCAAAGUUUUUUAGUCAACUUUUGGGACUUGGGGUGCGUUUUCUCACAGAAACAAAUAGUUCGGUUCUCUAACAUUACCACUGAAAGCUCACCUGGGAACCUAAUCCACUUAACCAUGAAUGUACUUAACUUGUAAUGUGGUUGACAGAUUACUAAUAACAGAUCCUAACCAGCAUUUGUAACAACACUCUCAUAAGGAAAUGGUGUGCAGCAGCAGUCAGACUCACACAUGGGGUGUCUGCCUGUGCUGUGUACCUCUGUCCCUAGGUGUAGGAAAUGGAAGAAAAAGAUUCAGCAAAGGAGGGAGAGAUAACAAUUGUACAAUUAUAAAACCUGGUUAUGUGUUAAGGAAGUAUAUCAAGUUAAGUUAGUUUUUAUUGUUGUUGAUGUAAAAGCAGAAACAUGUGUGUUAACUUAUUUUCAAUAUCUUGACCUUAUUUAUGAUCUGCUAAAGUGGUGAUUUAUCCAUUCAAAAUAUAUAUUUUUUCCCAUUUAAAACUAAUUUAUAAACUAUGUACUCCUGGGAAGAUUUGAAAUCUUUUAGAAGUUUGUUGCAAUAUUUUCACCAUUUAGAACUGACUUCUGACUUAGAUACUGAUUUUAAUACCAGUAUCCUCUCUAAAUAUUUAUGAUAAAAAUGCAUUAUUUUUUUAAAGAACUUGAUGAGAUUUGUGAUAAGUGAUAGUACUCAAGAACCUGACUCCCACCCCUUGACCGAUCCUCCACAAACCUCAGUUGUUGGUUAAAUGGUCUGGUUUAGAAGUUAUGUCUUCAGCCUUAUGAUAGUUAACAAUGGUAAGCCUUAGCAGUAAACAAUCUUCCUUUCUAGAAGGAAGACUACUUUUUCUCAAGAAUGGGGUUAGAUGGGGGUACUAUAAUACCAAAUUCUAAAUCAUGAGCAUUUUCUCCAUUGUGUACCUGAGGCAAAUCAUGCAUCCUUUUGUGCAGUUUGGCCUGGCCCCUCAAGAGCAAAGCAUGUCAGCACACUUGCAGUAGGGGUACUGUGGUUUGAAUGGAUACCAUCACUCUUUUCUCCACAAACAGCGCAGAGAGCUGUCUGGAGUGGCAGUUUGAACAGAUUCCCUGGUGCUCCCUCUGCUCCUUCCAUCACUACAGUAAGUAAAAGGACCAUGGUGGGGGGAACCCGGAGGCUGAGAAAAUCAGCUGUGCUCAACAGCCAACCUCCCCCUCAAGGAAAACCAUUCCAGAUGCAGCUAUUCUGGUACCUCUUCUCACAUGCACUCUGAAUUAGGGCUUUUCUAUAAGAAAUCCUUCAGAAUCAGAAAAGGCUGGGAUGACCUGGUCAUCUUGAUUUGCAGAAUUAAAAGAACAAAACUAAGUUGUCAGUUGUUACUGCUGAUGAGCAACUCAUCUUUUAAAAUAUAUUUAUUGAACUGGUUCUGAGAAAUCUUUAGAGAGCAAAAACUCACAAGUACAAAUUAACUAAUUGGGAAAGUUAGAAUAUGCUUUCUGAAUUUUCCACUCUAAAAAUUUACAUUAUGUGAAAUAACAUAAGGCUACUAAACUGCUUUGUAUUAAGAAAUAGCUCCUAAAGAUGUAGUCUUGUUUCAUAGUUUUUGCACUAUAUCAAAGCUUAAAGUGUAAACCCAGUUCUUCUCUGUAUAGAAAGGGAACAUUGUGUUAUUUAAUGAAUUUAUUUAUACAGAGCAUUUGUUGCCAAAUGUAAUUCCAGCCAUCCACACACAAUUCUGUUCUGAGGUGGCAGUAGCACAUGGGAAGAUGAACUUUCCCUAUUUACCCUUUUUUCUUUGGCUGUAUCUGAUAAUAAGAGUUCUUAAUAAAGUUUUAUGUUCUUUUUGAA